AUGCUGUUGGCCUGCUCUCUCCACCGGCACCUGGAGCUGUGCUGUUGGCCUGCUCUCUCCACCGGCACCUGGAGCUGUGCUGUUGGCCUGCUCUCUCCACCGGCACCUGGAGCUAUGCUGUUGGCCUGCUCUCUCCACCGGCACCUGGAUCUGUGCUGUUGGCCUGCUCUCUCCACCGGCACCUGGAGCUAUGCUGUUGGCCUGCUCUCUCCACCGGCACCUGGAGCUGUGCUGUUGGCCUGCUCUCUCCACCGGCACCUGGAGCUGUGCUGUUGGCCUGCUCUCUCCACCGGCACCUGGAGCUAUGCUGUUGGCCUGCUCUCUCCACCGGCACCUGGAGCUGUGCUGUUGGCCUGCUCUCUCCACCGGCACCUGGAGCUAUGCUGUUGGCCUGCUCUCUCCACCGGCACCUGGAUCUGUGCUGUUGGCCUGCUCUCUCCACCGGCACCUGGAGCUAUGCUGUUGGCCUGCUCUCUCCACCGGCACCUGGAGCUGUGCUGUUGGCCUGCUCUCUCCACCGGCACCUGGAGCUGUGCUGUUGGCCUGCUCUCUCCACCGGCACCUGGAGCUAUGCUGUUGGCCUGCUCUCUCCACCGGCACCUGGAGCUAUGCUGUUGGCCUGCUCUCUCCACCGGCACCUGGAGCUGUGCUGUGGGCCUGCUCUACACCUGUGCGAUUAUACCUCAUUUGUGA